CAUCAAAAGACGAAAACCCCAAAUUAGUGAAACCCUAGACCCUUCUUAAACCCUAACCCCUCUUCUUCUUUGUCGAAUUUCACACUAUACUCACCAAUGGCGGAGCUAAAGCUUUCAGAGUCACGUGACUUGACCCGAAUAGAACGCAUUGGGGCCCACUCUCACAUCCGCGGCCUCGGCCUCGACUCCGCCCUCGAGCCCCGCGUUGUCUCCGAAGGCAUGGUGGGCCAGACCUCCGCCCGUAAAGCCGCCGGCGUUAUCGUUCAGAUGGUCAAAGACGGCAAGAUCGCCGGCAGGGCUGUCCUCCUCGCCGGCCAACCUGGUACUGGAAAAACCGCCAUUGCUAUGGGAAUGGCCAAGUCAAUUGGCCUCGAAACCCCUUUCGCGAUGUUAGCGGGUAGCGAGCUUUUCUCUCUCGAGAUGUCGAAGACUGAAGCGCUUAUGCAAGCCUUUCGGAAGGCGAUUGGGGUGAGAAUUAAGGAGGAUUCGGAGGUUAUUGAAGGGGAGGUUGUGGAGAUUCAGAUUGAUAGGCCUGCGGUUGCUGGAGUCGCGGCGAAGACGGGGAAAAUGACGCUCAAGACUACGGAGAUGGAGACGGUUUAUGACUUGGGGGCUAAGAUGAUUGAGGCCUUGUCCAAGGAGAAGGUGCAGAGUGGGGAUGUUAUUGCUAUUGAUAAGGCGUCGGGGAAGAUUACAAAGCUAGGGAGGUCGUUCUCGAGGUCGAGGGAUUAUGAUGCCAUGGGACCACAAACCAAGUUUGUUCAAUGUCCUGAUGGAGAGUUGCAGAAGCGGAAGGAGGUUGUGCAUUGUGUCACGCUUCACGAGAUUGAUGUUAUCAACAGCAGAACACAGGGAUUUCUUGCUCUUUUCACUGGUGAUACUGGUGAGAUCCGGGCUGAAGUCAGGGAACAAAUUGACACAAAGGUUGCAGAGUGGAGAGAAGAAGGAAAAGCAGAGAUAGUACCAGGUGUUCUUUUCAUUGACGAGGUGCACAUGCUUGAUAUAGAGUGCUUUUCAUUCUUGAAUCGUGCUUUAGAGAAUGACAUGGCACCUAUAUUGAUUGUUGCUACUAAUAGAGGGAUCACUACGAUCCGAGGCACAAGCUACAAGUCCCCUCAUGGUAUUCCAAUUGAUUUCCUUGAUCGCUUGCUCAUAAUCUCUACACAGCCAUAUACAGAAGAAGACAUACGCAAAAUAUUGGAUAUAAGAAUCCAAGAGGAAGAGGUGGAAAUGUCUGAAGAAGCAAAGACUUUGUUGACGAAAAUUGGUGUCAGCGCCUCCCUGCGAUAUGCCAUCCACCUCAUCACUUCUGCUGCAUUGGCUUGCCAGAAGCGAAAGGGGAAGAUUGUCGAAAUGGAGGAUGUUAGUAGAGUUUACAAUCUAUUUAUGGAUGUCAAGAGAUCAACUCAGUACCUGAUGGAGUAUCAGAGUGAAUACAUGUUCAGCGAAUUGCAAACAAGCGCAGCCGAUGAUGACGAAGCCAUUGCUAUGAGUUCUUGAAUAUAUGUUGUUCAUUGCUUAAUUAUCCUACUUUGUUUAGGUUAAAUAUUUUACUGUGCCUUUAUCUGUAAAAGCUUGGAUAAUUAAAGAUUGAUUUCUCUAAUUUGGUAUGCAGAAUUUAGAUUUUAGCU